AUGACAACUGGUGACACUGUAGACAUCUGUGCCACUUGUCAUGCCAAUGCUAAAUGUGACAAGAAGACAGAUGGCAGUGGUGGGAUGGUCUGCAACUGCAUGUAUGGGUUUGUAGGAAAUGGGAGGAAACACUGCCAGGACAAAGAUGAGUGUCAGAUUGGUGCCACCAACAUCUGUGGUGAACACACAGCCUGCUAUAACACGUAUGGGAGCUUCUACUGCACCUGUCUGGGUGGGUACAGCCCCUCCAACAGAUUGGCCGCGUUCAUUCCAAAUGAUGGAACCUACUGUGAUGAGAUUGACUGUGGUCAGCCCCCCAUGCUGCCACACACCGCUAUGCUGUGGAACGGCAGUGCAGGACUGGGCAGCGUGGUGUAUUAUAACUGUAAAGAAGGAUUUUACAGAGCUGGAGGAAGGAGUUUCUCAGUUUGCACUAAAAGCAGUUAUUGGGAAAAUGCCUCUUUACUUUGUAAAGAGAUUGACUGUGGUCAGCCCCCCAUGCUGCCACACACCGCUAUGCUGUGGAACGGCAAUGCAGGACUGGGCAGCGUGGUGUAUUAUAACUGUAAAGAAGGAUUUUACAGAGCUGGAGGAAGGAAUUUCUCAGUUUGCACUAAAAGCGGUUAUUGGGAAAAUGCCUCUUUACUAUGUAAAGAGAUCGACUGUGGUCAGCCCCCCAUGCUGCCACACACCGCUAUGCUGUGGAACGGCAGUGCAGGACUGGGCAGCGUGGUGUAUUAUAACUGUAAAGAAGGAUUUUACAGAGCUGGAGGAAGGAAUUUUUCGAUUUGCACUAUAAACAGUUACUGGGAAGACACUUCCUUAUUAUGUAAAGAGAUUGACUGUGGUCAGCCCCCCAUGCUGCCACACACCGCUAUGCUGUGGAACGGCAGUGCAGGACUGGGCAGCGUGGUGUAUUAUAACUGUAAAGAAGGAUUUUACAGAUCUGGAGGAAGGAAUUAUUCGGUUUGCACUAUAAACGGUUACUGGGAAAAUGCCUCUUUACUAUGUAAAGAAAUCAACUGUGGAGUGCCAGCACACGUACCUCAUACUGACAUGCUGUGGGACAAAACAGCACAUCUUGGGAGUGUGGUUUAUUUCAAAUGUAAAGAAGGAUUUUUUGUAGAAAGAGGAAAAAAUCGCUCUGUUUGUACAGCCAACGGAUUCUGGGAGAAUGCUACUCUAACUUGUAAAGAAAUCAACUGUGGAGUACCGCCACCUGUACAAUAUACUGAUAUGCUCUGGGACAACACCUCACAGCUUGGGAGUGUGGUUUACUAUAAAUGCAAGGAAGGAUUUUACACAGAGGAAGGAAAAAACUACUCUGUUUGUACAGCAAACAGGCGGUGGGAAAAUAUUAAUCUAAAAUGCAAAGAGCCGGACUGUGGUUCUCCACCAGUGCUAGCCUACACAGAGGUAUUGCAGCCCAACACAACAAGUCCAGGGAGUGUGGUUUAUUACCAGUGUAUAGACGGCUUCACCAACAAGGGUGGAAGAAAUGUUUCUGUCUGUACAAACAGAGGAGAAUGGGAUGCUGCUACAUUAAUAUGCAAAGAAAUCCCUGCCAUCAGUGAACUUAAUUUUAAAGAAGGAUGUUUAAAAUGGAGAGCACACAGACUAAAGGAAAUGUACAGUUUUAAAUUGGAUGGGCUCAGGGGCUAUCAGAAGGACUUCCUGGAUAAAAGGAUAAUAAACUUUACCUCAGGAGAUGACACUCCAGAAAUGUGCUUGACCCUGCAACCGGGGACAAACUAUACCAUCAACAUCACUGCACUGUCAGCAGGGUAUUCGAUACGGGCCAGCAUCACUACAAGUAUUGCAGAUCCUCCAGUACCAGAAGUUGCAUUCAUAGUUGCAGAAGGCCCAUUGCCUCCUCUAAGACUCCAAAGAGCAGCAGAAACAAAUGGCCCGAUAAGUCUUUAUCAGGUGGUUGUCUUACCAAUGGAUGGGUCCCUUGUGUUCAACUGCAGCUCUGUCAAUAUGCCAAACUUCUACAAUAAGAAGGGGGGAAGGGAAGCAUAUGUGACGGCAGAGUUCCAUGCAGAGGAUAUAGCAGACGAGCUGGUCUUCAAUGUCGGAGAUCGCCAAUACUAUGGGGACUACUACAAUGCUCCUUUAGAGAAAGGGAGGGGAUAUAACAUCCUAUUGAGAGUGGUUAGCGAAUGGUGCCAGGUGAGGAAACAGUCCUGUGUCAAUUGGGCUCAGACAAAAGGUUUAUCACAUACCGUACAGCAUGUGACUAUUUUGGCUGGAGGAUCAGUGGGAGUGAUAGGAUUUAUUUUAUUUCUGGGUUUUUCCAUUGUUUGGUGCUGCAAGAAGAGAUGAGACAUGUGAUCAAAUGGCUGACGACAUCCUACAGUACCGCUUCUCACCGGGAUCACAACUCUUUCAUCUUGAUGAGCAAACUGUUUCCAGAUUCAGACAAUGUUGAGACCGUGGAAAUGCUUCAAGUAUUCAGUUCAAAGAGGUUGAUUUGCAGCUGCUCUGAUUAAAGCCAAUUUAGUGCUUAGCUUGUUUUCAGGGGGGGGUUUAAUUGCCAACCUCAGCAUUGUGGGUGUACUCCAAUCAACUUUUUAAUUGGAUUUAGGUAUUUAUAGAAAAUGCCUCUAUUUGAUUAUAUCAUGUUUUAAUGAAAAUCACCACCACUACCAACAACAAUGCCAGACAGUUUUCAGCACACAAUGAUUCCAGGGGAGGUCCAAGAAGGCAUCUUUAAGUGUGCUGUAUUAGUUGGCUCUGAAUCUCUGAGGUUAUUUUUUUUUACUGACUUUUUGAUACCUGAAUAACAAUCACCCAUUGGGAAAUAUGUAGGGGUGCCUCAUAUUUUACAUCCAGUCCAAUACGAGGUGACUGACAGCCAUCUUGUGAAUUUUCCCAUAAGCACGAUUGCCCCUUAGUCAAUGGAUUCUCCCUUAGUCAAUUAUUACACUUUGUACUGUGCAACGACGUGUUGAGUCGAGUUUGGAGAGAAUCCGCUCAGAAAUGUAUAUCUAGUGAACCUUUUUUACUUUUUAAAACAAAAAGUAGGUGAU